AUGCUCGGCACGAGCUACUACGAGCCGCAGGCGAGCGGCAGCGCCGCCACGGGCAAGCGCAAGGCCCGCCCGUUGAGCGACGACCCCGCGACCCGCUUCUCGGCCGCCCACCGUCGCCCGCUCAGCCCGCUCGAGGUCUACCAGCAGCAGUGGACGUCGCCGACGAGGGCUCACCGCGAGCGCCCGCACGCGGCGCCCGAGCUCGCCAACCUGUACGCGCCCUCGGCCUCUCCAACGCAUCCACUUCGUCCCGCUCACCCUCCCGCGACCACGUCCGACCUCCCCGUCGUCUCGACCGGCACCUUUGCCCCGAGUCGCCCCGCACCGCCUUCCUCGGCGUCGCACGCCGGCGACACCGGCGAGGGUUCACGCGCGACUAUCGGCGUCUCGUCCGACGAGUCGUCACAGGUCGACGCACUCGGCGAGUCGGCGACCAAGGCGCACUCGCACUGGCACGUCGGGCGCCUGUUCGGCGGCGCGUACCUCAAGGACAUGCUGCGCCGGCCGUCCACCUCGGCCCCGUCGGUCAAGAGCAAGUCGUCGCGUGACUCGAUCGGCACCUCUUCCGCCACGACGGUCCGCUCUGGCGCGCGCAAGACGCCCAACACGACGGCGCCGUCGUCCCCCGUCGUCGCCUCCUCGCCGUCAUACCAUGCCUUGCACUCGUACCAGGAGACGCACCGGUCGCCUGUACCGCUCGACUUCCCGACGCGCCCCUCGCGCACGCUCAGCUUCUCGAGCCGCGUCGACACGCUCGAGUCCAUCUCGGGCAGCUCGCCGACGACGCCCGCACCCGCGCCCGCCCUCCUCCAGGUCCUCGACAACGACGUCGGCGACGAGUCGCCUGCCGAGCUCGUCAUCUCGAUGCCGCUGCACCAGCCGAGCCCGACCGGGACCGCGUGCGGCAGCGGCACGCCCGCCACCAGCAGCGGCACGCCGAGUACGGGCACGUGCACAAUGAGCGACCCCGUGCCCGCGCAGCAGCAGCACGCCGCCGCCGAGCAGCCGCCGCGCCCGCCGCGUCACCUUCGUGUGCAGCUCGCGAGCGUGCCGGCGAGCGUCACGUUGUACCUGCCCCCGGCGACGACCCCGGGCGGGCGCGACCUCACGCUGCGCCCGCUGUCGCAAACGGCGAGCCUCGCCGAGUCGGACUACUCGUGGCAGCAGGGGCUCGUGUCGCGCUUCUCGGACCCGUCGCCGUACCCGGCAUCGUCAAGCGGCGCGCCGUCGGUCCUUUCCGGGCGCUCGGUCCUCUCGGGCCGCUCGGCGAGGUCGGGACGGUCGGCGCGCUCGGCGUCGGUCAAGUCGGGAGUCGACGAGGCGAUCGUCGUGCGCCUGCCGGCGCCGGCAGGCGAGCAGCACCAGGCGCGCGAGGGCCGUUCGCCGCCUCGCGGCCUGACGUCGCACUUCUCGGACUGGACGCCGACGCCGCCGACCUCGAGCGAGGGCACGCGCUCGGUGCGCCCGUCGCCGACGCGCUCGGUGCGCCCGUCGCCAACGCGCUCGGGCUCGGACCCCGGCGGCAGCGGCAGCAGCGGCGGCGAGGGCGGGCCCGCCCGAGCGUCGGGCAAGUCGCUCCUCCCGACCGUGACCGAGGGCGUCGCCGUCUCGUCGCGCCUCGCGCCGCCGCUCCCGCCGUCGAUGGGCAGCGCGAUGGCGCAGCGCUCGACGGAGGCGUUGGGCCGCGCGGCGCACAUCCUCGAGGCGGCGAGCUGCGCGCCGCACCUCGUGUACGCUCCGGCGCGCUUCAAGCGCAGGGUCGCUCGCCUCGCCAAUGAGCCGGCCGCCGAGCUCGUCGUCUCGGGCCCGUCGUCGUCGUCGUCGUCGCCCAAGUUGAGCACGAGCGCGCUCGCGAGCUCGACGGCGAGCGGCGUCGUUCUGCCGCGCGCGAGCAGCAAGCUCGACAUCGAGCCGGCGCCGCAGAAGCAGCAGGAGGAUGAACAGGAGCAGCAGGACGAGGACGCCGAGCGCGGCCCUGGCGCCGAGCAGCCGCACCGUCCCGUGCUCCGCCGCCACGUGUACUACACGAGCGCGUCGAGCGCGCCGUCGUCGAGCGCGUAUACGUGCGCGACUCAGGGCGGCGGCGGCGGCGCCUGCGAGCCUGUCGAGCGCUCUCUCGCGCCCGCGGCGAGCGUCGGCGACCCGCACGGCCUCGCGCCGCCCUCCCUCGAGCUCAAGCCCGAGCCCGAGCCCAAGCCCGAGCUCGUGCCGACGUCGAGCGCCGCCCCGUCGAGCGACAUGCCCUCGCCAGGCGGCCCGGCGCGCUCGCGCUCGUCGUGCUCAGCGGCGACGGACGACACGGCGACGGCUCCGGCCGGCCCGUCCCUCGAGGCGCUGCCGCCUGCGCCGGACGACCCGGCGAGCGGCUCCUUGCCCUCGCCCGCGCCCGCCCCGCCCUCGCACGCCCCGCCCGACCUCGACUGGGCCUCACCGGGCCUCGCGCGCUGUCGGGCCCUCUCAGCGUCCACGACGGCCGACUCGAUGGCGCGCCGGUCGGGCACGGCGCGCGAGCGCGCGGCGCACGUCGUUGCGGCCGCGAGGGGCGCUCCGGGCCUCGUGGCGGACCCGGGGCGGUACGGGCGCGGUGGGGGCGUGGGGCCUGUGACGGGGAGGGAGAGGGGGAGGGUGUGA